AUGGCAGAUCUCAAGCCGCCAUUUACCGAGGAGACUGCGCAGAAAAAAGUCAAAGCAGCGCAGGAUAUGUGGAAUACGAAGGACCCUGCCCGAGUCGCUCAGGCAUACACCCCAACGUGUAUCUGGCGUGUUCGAGACUCGUUCUUUACCGGAACAGAGUCUAUCGUUGCGUUCUUGGAAGCGAAAUGGAAACGCGAGCGGAGCUAUCGACUUCGGAAGGAACUUUUCGCUUUUUGGGAUGAUCGGAUCGCUGUGCAGUUUUGGUAUGAGUUUCAGGAUGCGCAAGAUGGAAUGCGCUGGAAGAGGUGCUAUGGGUUGGAAGACUGGACUUUUGAUGAGACUGGAAAGAUGCGAAAACGUAUGAUGAGUGGGAAUGAUGUCCUGAUCGGACCGGAAGGGAAUGGCGAGGGACGAUGGUUUACAGAUGGUGUUAAUGUGAACGAUGUGCCUAUUAGUGAACAUCAUUGGUGA